AUGUCUAGGCUCAUUGAUGUGUCCCCUUAUAUUCUUCCUGGCACUCUCUUUGCCUUAGUGUUGCCUCUUGUCCUAUUACUUAAAACAUUUUCCCCCUCUAAAUCUAGAGCAGGCCAAGUCUCUGCCAGGCCUUUCAAGCUACCAAAAGGAUGGUGGACUGACACCAAACGGUUUGGUGUUGAACAGCGUGCCAUCUUCAGCCAGAGCUGGAUUUGCGUCAGUCAUCGCAGUCGGUUCUCGAAGGCUGGCGACUAUAUCGCAUUUGAAAUUGCGGGCUUUAGACUCCUCCUUAUGCUAGGCAAGGAUGAUGUGGUACGAGCAUUUCAUAACGUCUGUCGGCACCGCGCAUUUCCAGUCACUAGAAAGGCUUCUGGCUCAGCAUCUAUACUUGGCUGCAAGUAUCAUGGGUGGAGUUAUAAUAAUAAGGGGGAACUUACGAAGGCUCCCCACUUUGAGGAUGUGAUUGGUUUUGAUAAGAGCCAAAAUGGUCUUUUCCCUGUUCACACCAAGAUGGAUGAUGAUGGAUUUCUACACAUUAACCUGAACAACAGCCCUGGAGCAGGCGAUACCAAGCUUGAGAGAGCCAAGGCUGUGAGAAGGCCAGCACCUACUUACCAGACCCAACAAUAUCUUGGAUCUUGGGAAGUAAAAGGGAAGUUCAACUGGAAGGUUCCUGGGCAUGACUUUGAUCGGGAAACGUCGUCUGCACCUUAUGAAAGCUCUUUAUCGCGCUUGUUUGGUCGGUCUGAUGCCGGACAGCUUCGAUUCAGCCCUCUCACCACCGUUUAUUCGCAGAAGAGAAGUCCCAUCUGGUACCAGCUCACGUAUUCUCCGGAAUCUGUUAGACAAACCACCGUACGAUGUGACGUGUACUCAAAGUCAAAGCAAGAUAGCUCCGACUUUGAGAAACAUUUGAAGCCCGAUCUGGAGGCUGAGAUCAAUUCAAUCGUUCGAAGACAUGAAGAGAGUUAUGAGAAACUCGCAAGCUCUGUCCAUUCCCUGUAUCAUGCUGGAGAUGAGCAUGCUACGCUGGCCGAUAUGGUGGAUAAACACGCCAAAAGAGAGAAGAGCGAAGGAGCAGAGGUCAAGCCAGCGGCAGUCAAUCAGUGUCGAAGUAAUGGCUAUGCAAAAGCCGAAGGGUUAUGUAUGGCUUUGGAGGGACUUGAUGACUCUGGGGAUUUGGAAUGGUAG